AUGGCCAACAAAAACAUAUACAAACAGUUACUUGUUGAAGAAGUUCUGAAAUUUCAGACCUCUGUUUCUUUUCGUCCUGUGCACAAGAAAAACAGUUUGAGCAGUAAUCAAACUGUCUUGGAAGGUCGUACUGCCACAUUUUAUUGUCUCACGGAAGCAUUUCCCACUGCAACCACAAACAAAUGGUUUAAGGAUGGUAAUGAGAUAUCCAAUUCGCAAGAUUUUGAAACUUUGAAAAUUAGCGAUACAGAAAGCAGACUGACAAUCAAGAAUGCUACGAAGGGAAGUGCUGGGCAAUACUCGUGUGAUGGUACAAAUGCAGUAGGAACUGGAGAUAGAAAAUCUGCUUUCUUAUUGGUCAACUUACCUUCUUCAAUUACCCAAAUAACACAAGAUCAGAAUGUAACCGAAGGUGACAAUUUAACUUUGACAUGUAAUGCAUCUGGAAGGCCUCAACCAAAGGUGUCUUGGAUUAAGCCCGGUGGUCAGCGUCAAUAUGGACACAUGUUGGAGUUUACAAACAUUAACAGGAGUCAAGCUGGUGAAUACAAAUGUGAAGCCAGUAACGAGUGCAGUAAUGCAACAGAGACAGCAACUAUUGAUGUGCAGUACAAACCAGAGAAUGUCCAGUUAAUGAGUUCUGCCAUGAAUGACAAAGCAUGUAUGGGAAAAGUCAUCAGUUUUACUUGCUCAGCUGAUGCUAAUCCAAGAGUGACUUCAUACCGGUUGUUUGAGAACCAAAAGGCCAUUUUAAACACAAGUGCCUCGGGGACGUGGAGUAAGACUUUGGAAAGUGAAGGAGUGUUCGUCUACAAAUGUGUGGCUAACAACUCUCUAGGAUCAGAUUACAGCAUGGAUGUUCCUUUCACUGUAAAUGUACCUUCUUCAAUUACCCAAAUAACACAAGAUCAGAAUGUAACCGAAGGUGACAAUUUAACUUUGACAUGUAAUGCAUCUGGAAUGCCUCAACCAAACGUGUCUUGGAUUAAGCCUGGUGGUCAGCAUCAGUAUGGACACAUGUUGGAGUUUACAAACAUUAACAGGAGUCAAGCUGGUGAAUACAAAUGUGAAGCCAGUAACGAGUGUGGUAAUGCAACAGAGACGGCAACUAUUGAUGUGCAGUACAAACCAGAGAAUGUCCAGUUAAUGAGUUCUGCCAUGAAUGACAAAGCAUGUAUGGGAAAAGUCAUCAGUUUUACUUGCUCAGCUGAUGCUAAUCCAAGAGUGACGUCAUACCAGUUGUUUGAGAACGAAAAGGCCAUUUUAAACACAAGUGCCUCGGGGACGUGGAGUAAGACUUUGGGAAGUGAAGGAGUGUUCAUCUACAAAUGUGUGGCUAACAACUCUCUAGGAUCAGAAUACAGCAUGAAUGUUCCUUUCACUGUAAAUGUACCUUCUUCAAUUACCCAAAUAACACAAGAUCAGAAUGUAACCGAAGGUGACAAUUUAACUUUGACAUGUAAUGCAUCUGGAAUGCCUCAACCAAAUGUGUCUUGGAUUAAGCCUGGUGGUCAGCGUCACAAUGGACACAUGUUGGAGUUUACAAACAUUAACAGGAGUCAAGCUGGUGAAUACAAAUGUGAAGCCAGUAAUGAGUGUGGCAAUGGAACAGAGACUGCAACCAUUCAUGUGCUGUAUACACCAAGAAUAACAAACAUUUCUGAUGAGCAGAUCGUGAAUAACGGUGACGUGGUGAGUUUUUUUUGUAUAACGGAAGGUAAUCCAGCACCAAAGAUAACUUGGACAAAAGUUGCUGAUAACAGUCAAGUGAACUUUCCUUUGACCAUCCGUGAUAGUCAGGAUGAAGGAAUGUACAGAUGUACAGCUGAGAAUGGUGUUGGAAGCCCUGUAACUAAGUUUGUCAACAUGACAGUACAUUUUCCAGCUGCAAUUGUGGCCAUGGGUAAUCACACUGUCGUUAAGAAUGGAACUAUUGAACUUUAUUGUUAUGUGUCUGGAACGCCACCUGCUACUGUGUUAUGGACUCAUGUAAAAUCAGGCAAAACAUGGAACCAGAAAAAAUGGACAGUUAGCGAUAUCCAAGUGGAGGAACUUGGAGAAUAUAGGUGUAAUGCCAGCAACAAAUAUGGAGGAGAUAUCAAAAGUACAUUUAUCUUAUAUGAAGGUGGUUUUUGUGAGAAACGAUGUACUGAUGGGAAAUCGUGUCUUAAGUUUGGAGCCACAUACGUUUGUAUCUGUCCUAAAGGGAAAACAGGAGAAAAGUGUGAGAAAACAGAUACACCUAAGAAAGACUUUGUUGUGGGACUUAAACUCAAGGGAGAGUUCAAACAAGCAUAUGAAGACUUGGAAAAUCCAGAGACAAAAACGCUUGUCAAAAAGAUUGAAAAAAAUAUGAUGAAAGAAUUCAAUGGCACUGGUCUCGCUAGCGUUAAGGUGAUCAAACUGAGGCAAGGAAGUAUCAUUGCUGACUUGGAACUAAAAUUUAACAAUUCUGUCGGAGAAAGUAAUGUAAAUGCAUUGCUGACACAGGCAGCGAAUAAGGGAAAAAUUGGCGAUAUGGAAGUUGAAGAGUUUAGCGUUGGAAAUAAUUUCCCAGGGCCAACUACAACUUCACAACCACCCGAGGACUGUGGAACCUUCUUUGAGGGAGAAGAUUGUAAAAAAGCGAAGCCUGGUUUGAUUGUACUCUGUGUGAUUGGAGGUGUGGCAGUUUUGGCAAUCAUCGUAGCAAUAAUAGCUUACGGUUUGCACAAGAAAAAAUCAAACGUUGCAUCCUUUUCAAAUGGUAACUAUACACCAAGGGCCGAUCCAGACGGCACUGCUGGUUCAGCAGAGAGGACUCUUCAAGGGAACAAUUAUGGAAAUGUGAAUUCAGGAUACGAGUAUGACAAAACGAAUGGCCAGGACCACUCCACUGAAAUGGUAACAUUCAAGGGGACAAAUCCAGCGCAGACUCCUGGGAUUGCAAUCAACGACUCCAGUAUGACAAAGUGAGCAAGAAAGACGAAGCCAGUUCCGGCUUGGCGGAUAAGCAGUUAAAUCUAAAUAAACCGAUCUUUAGAGUAAUAUUCGUACACCUCAGAAACAAUUUUUAGAAUUUAAAAAUGUUCUUAAGUGGUUUAGCACGUUUGCAUAAUUUUUACUUUUUGCAGAAAUGAAAUGCAUUUUGUAACUUAAGUUAAGUCAUCAGUAACGUUAUUUCGAUGCAAUAAUAUAGAUAAAUGUUAGAUAAGAAGGCACAUUGUUUGUUAAAAGCGAGCAGUACUUGCCUUGAGUAUGAAUAACGUAAAACUAAUGAUUAGAAAUAAAAGGAAAAGAAAAAAAGGACGUGUUUGUAGAAGUAGCGAGAUAGAGUCGGGUCCUAGAUGGACAAACCGAACAAUUAGGCUAUAAACCGCAACUAAAUCUACCGAAGUAGUAUCCAUAUACGAGGCAUCGUCUGAGAAACCUUUCUUGAGCAUACUGAGAUAUUUUCGUAGCCUGUAAGUAAUUAUUUUUCUAGGUUUAAAAUCUAAGGGCUUCUGUCGUAGUUUCGUUUCGCUCCUUGUGUUCUUUUUUUCCAAGUAAACAUCAAAUAACAUCUUUUCGCCAAAUUUUAGAACACGAAAAUAAUUCAAGAUAAGUGUUUGUAGAUAACCACUCAACUGUGCGGUGUGUGGUGAAGUUUGAGUUUUAACGAGCAAGCUCCUGUAUGUUGCAUUCUACUUCAUUCAUAACUUUAGUUCUCGCAAAUCGUUGUCUUUUUUAUGUCUUAAACUUGAUGUUUUAUCUAGCGAUAUAAGUGUUUUAAAUCUUGUGGGUCGAAUAAAAUCUUACAUGGUUAAUUUUCAUUGGCAGUCCAGGCCACUAAAAUUGUGGUCGUAAAAAUUUUGAGAUAAAAGUAGCUUGAACUGAUGGUAUAAUGUUAAAGGAAUAAUGCCACAACAAGAUAAGGUCUAGUUUUAACGAUAGCAAUACAGAAAUAGCUUAUUGCAUUUUAAUAGGAUAUUUAUAGCAUUCAUUUAAUGAGUGUCCUAGGUAUUAUUUAUUCAACUAGUCGCUAGGUGGUAAUCAUAAUUUAGAAGGGAACACGACAUAAUUUUUUUUCAUGUACGUAACAGUUAGAUUAUGAAAGCUCUCCAUUUCUAUAGCGUGAUAGUUGAUGAAGGAGAGGUCCAAAUCCAUUAUCGUGCAUAGUAAACGAUAUUGUUUUGGUAUCAAUGUACCAGUGGUUCAAACCUUAAUAACAAGUUAAGCUUAUGUUUUCAUUGUAAUUUGUUUGCAUUCGCGCACCAAAAGGCUUCGAACUGUACUCACUAUCUGUAUAUCAUUGAACAGAUAGCGAGUAUUGUAACCGAUCAGAUUGCAACAUUUGCGAUGAAACAGCAAUAGAUUUAUACUAAAAUGUUCAAAGUCGUAACCCUUUUUUAGCUGUAUAGUAUUUGUGCAUCGGCACGAUAACAUUUGUGUUAGUUAAAACAUAAUCAUAAUUAUGAUCAUAUAAUUAUAUUAUCCAUUUUUAGCAGUUUUCUCGGUGAAUGAUUUUUAAUCCUAAGAGGAAAUUAUUAAGAAACUUACUGGUCGACGAUUAAACAUCUUUACAGCGUGGUGUGUUAUCAAAAAAUAUAUCAGAACUAUUGUUAAUUCGUUAAACAUCGAAGUAAGUAUAUUUAGCUGAUUUUGUAUCAUUAAACUUGAGAUUCGUCAAUUAAUUAAAGCAGUUUAAAUGCA